GCGAUGCUGGCACCUUCGGCUGUUACGUACCUCUUAGCGCAGGGAACGUUGCUUUUCCUCAUUGCACAUCCAGGAUUGACUUUGAGGUGGCCAAUCCCAUUCCUACAUCGCCCACUUUCAAAAUUCAGAGAGCUUCGAACCAACAAAAAUGUAUCAGUCGCGUUCACGCUUAGCAAAAACAGUCAUUUCGUGGAACUGCCUGGAAAGACUUCCAGUCCGCCUAAUGUGACGGCAGGACUACAGACCACCGAGAUCCAGCAGAACAAGUUACCGGGGUCGGGAAGUGGUGAUGUCACAGAUGGUUCAGUAAACAACACACAACCUGGAGCCGAUGGUCCACCAGGAGCACCACCACCACCGAAUACAACGGCCACGAACGCUACUCGCAGGAAACGACGUGGCCUGAUGGACAUCGCGGGUAGCGCCGUGGAGCUGGCGAAGUCCGGUCCGGGCGUCCAGGGCGAAAUGGUGGGCGCAGUCCUGGAGAUGGCCGGCAGCUUGGCGGGCGACAAGGUGCGCUACCUGGCGGAGAGCGGCGGCGAGAAGCUGAGCGGCGUGGCGGGGCCCGUCGGCCUCCUCACGGGCAAGACGCUCUCGGCCGCCGGCAGCGUCGCCGCCAAAGCCUUCGAGGUGGCCGGUUCGGGCGGCGGCACCGUCGUCCGGAAGCUGGGCUCGGCGGCGGAGAAGGUCAACCAGUUGCUCGGGCUUGGCUGACGCGGCGACCUCUUGCUGAAAACUCACUUCUUCACAGUUCCGUCUCCGUUUGGAAUUAAUCAACUCAUAUAUCAGUUUUCAUCGUACCUCGUGAAUGUAAAUCUACUCCUAAAUUUGAUGAAGACGUGAGACAAUGUUGGCUGAAUGUCCUGACAUGAGUAACCAGUGCUCUGAAGCGACUAGCGAGAGGUAAUUUAGUACUAUGACCUAAAUUUUGGCUACUUCCCAUUCUCAUCACAAAUUCAUGUGAACUCACUGUGUUGAAAUAAAAUAUUCGCAGCAUU